CAAAUUCUUAUCUACCCAUUUCAUGAGAAUGGGCUACUCAACCCAUCUGAUGUGGCAUUAGUUUUGAAAAUGUCAUUUAAUUACUACUAUUUUAAAUAUUUGCAAAUUAACCCCAAAUGUAUUAAUUGUUUAAUAUAGGGAUUUUACAAUUUUUUUUUCACUCAGUUGUUGUUGCCUUCUUCUAACCUUCCACCUUCUUCGACACACCCUCCGACGAGGACGGCGAAGACCAACCCGACCACCACAUCAGAAGUUUCAACGUAACCACACAAUUUUGACCUAUCCUUCCAUCUCCUUCCUUAAUUUUCCUCUUUUGUUCAUCCCUCUUUUCCUUCCUCACCGUCGACGGCGACGACCACCGCUACCAAAAAUUAUUGCACGAGUUCAUCUCUUCAAUAAAGCAGACACUGCUCAUACACCAAAAGGAAAGAAUGCUGAUUGUGGUGAAUGGAAUCCUAUGCUCUUCAAAACAGAAGAUGAAGAUAAACAUAAAAUUGAGUGUAACUCGCAAAAAACAUCUUUUGAUGAUUUGAUGCGUUUCAGCUGCCAAGAAAUUAAUCAUGUUUCAAAAGAGGGAAAGGAAAAACAUGAAGCACAUGACCACAUUUUGUCUGGAGCAAAAAAAACUGAUUAUGAGUGUUUAGUGCAAAGGGUGACGAAAUUGGAAAGGAAAUUUGACAAUAUAAUAUUGUCCAUAAAUGACUCGAGCAAAUUUGAUGGUAUAAUACAGUCCAUAAAUGACUUGAAGGCAGUUGUAUUGAAUAACAAUGUUGGAAAACCUGAGAUCAUGGAAAACAAAGAAGUGGAAAAAACGGAUGCGAUGCUAGAAAAGAAUGAAAUGGAAAAAAAGGAUGUGAUUCUAGAAAAGAAUGACAAGGACAAUGAACCUAAAUUUGAUGGCAAUCUCCGAACGUUUUUUCCACCAUCAUAUAAAAACCAGGCUUCUUCUCCGGCUCUAGUAGUGAACAGCACACCUACGGGUUGCUACAUUAUACCUCAAAAAAAUAUAGGCAUUUCCUCUACAAACGUCGAAAGACAAAUUCCUGAUUGGCUGUCUUUGUUGUUUAAACCGAUAAAAGCUAUGAAUCUAAAUGUUGAACAAAGUGCUGUGGCAUCAUAUAUAUUUGGUGAUACCACAAAUACAAAUUUUAACAAGGAAGAGGUUUUGGUCGUUACAGAUAUAAGAUUUUGUCAAGGAACAAGGAAGUUGUUUGAAUGCUUAAAGCCCCAAAAAUUUGUUGGCGAAGAUAUAAUUGAUUUGGCUGUAAGUAUGUUCACUUAUGCUGAAAAAAAGGACAUCUUUCCAAAAUUUUGGUUUCUACCAACAACUUUCUCGCAAUAUGUGCAGGAUUGGAAUACAACUACUAAAGUCAUGAUUAAAAAAUAUCAAGCCAUGUUUAUGGGAAAAGUAGAUAAAAUUUCAAAGAUAUUUAUACCAAUUCAUGAUCCGGAUUCUAUGCACUGGUUCCUUCUAGUCAUUGAUUUGGUAAAAAAAGAGUUGAUUUAUCUUGACUCUUUACCGUCUAAAUCAGCACAUGUCCGAAGGAUGAGAAUGAGAUGUAUCAAGAAAUUGGCUUUGUAUAUGGAGGACUUACUCUUGGAUCCCUCUUUCUAUACAAAAGGGACAACACCUAAUCCAAUAGUAUCUGAGUUUAGCCUUGUCAUUCCGAAAGAUUUGGGACAGCAGGCAAACAACUCGAAUGAUUGUGCAAUAUGGGUGAUAACAUGGAUGGAGAAAAUGAAGGCGGAUGUGUAUAAGAUUGAUGUUGAUGAUGGUACACGAUUAAGAGUUGCCUUAAAUUUGACAAUGAAUUCCUACAACAAGCUGAAUGAUGAGAUUUUGGCGAGGUCGAUGCAACAAAUUGACAAGCGGGGAAAAGCUUAAGAGGGUUAUAUUUGGUAGUAUUUUGCUGGAUGAUGUGAUGAAUUUUGAAGAGUUGUAAUAUUGAGUAAAAUUGACUUAGUAUUUUGCUGGUUAUUAACUAUGUAGCAACUACGUUUGUUAUCUAAUUUUGGAUUAUAUUUGGUAGUUGACUAUGGUUUUUAAUUUGAACAUCGAUAUGAUGUAAUUGGAAUAUUUUUGGUACAUUUAUCACUUUAGUAUCAGUCUGUGUGAUGACCACUUGGAAUUUGUCUCUCUAAAUUGCAGCUUGUUUUGACGGUUUCUAUUAUUACAUUAAUAUAUUUAAGUUCUCUAAAGGGUUAUCGUAAUUGGAACUGUUGUUCAUGGUUCUGCGUUGGCAGCCAUGUUUUUAUGUUUUUAACCUCAAAUGCUCCCUUUUGUAUUCUGUUUUUGGUUGUAUCUCAAAAUGCCUUUGUCCAAUUAUCUCAGGUUAGAAGCGAGAUAAAGCUUCUAAGGCCUGAGAGGUAGCAUUUAAGGUCGUGCUCAUCUGUUUGGAUCAGAAUCAGUCCUAUUUCGCUUACAUUUAAGGUCGUGCUCAUCUGUUUUGUCUCCUUUGUAUUUGGGAGUUUAGUUUUUGUUGUAGUGACUGGCCGCAAUAUUCUGUGUUUGUUAUCCAGCUGAUUGUAGCGAUGUUGCUUUUUGUUUGGUUAGCUUAGGAAUUUUUGCUUGAUAUAAUUUGGAGCAUUUGAAUAGGGGGAGGGCUCUCGUUAUUGUAUUUGAGGAUCCCAUAUACCAGACUUGUUUUCGAGUACUGUUUUUAGCACAACUUGUGUGAAAAUAUAAGAAUAAAUUAUUGUUUGUGA